AUGGACCCAGACGUCGGCGACACCCGGCGUAGCUACUUGUCUGGGCUACUUCGCAGUCUCUGGUCUCCACGCAACACAAAUAUAAGCGCGGACAAAGCCUCGCAACAAGCUUUAACACAAUUUCUCGAUGAUCUCCAGUGCACUGUGUUAUACGCAAGUUUGUCAAGUGAAAGUGAUGAGAUUUCUUUGGCCAAUAUACUUCAACUUGAUGCAAGCCACAAUAAUCAUGAGACGGCAGCAUUCUUGAAACUUUACAAAGCAGUACCAUUGACAAAUGAAAACAUGAGUACUAGUGUAUACCUCACGUCAGCAUUGCAAAAGCCAUUACAGAGUUUGUAUCAAAGUGUACACCAAGUGUAUGCACCAUUGUUACUGCGUGAUAAUGCUCAAGCUCAAUUACUAUCACAAAAACUUAAAGAUGUGCUAAUAGAGUUGGAUACUGGUUUGGCUGGCACGAUUUUAGUACAAGGAGGUAGUGAGAAGAACUUCAAAGCUGCACAAAGUGAUGGUACAGAUGAUGGUUUGAUGAGUAUUGCAACUAUGACGGACGAAUUCGCAUAUUGGAGAGCAAUGCAAAAUGACGCGAAACAAACUCGACGAGCAAAGAAGUUUAGUGGUAUCUUUGAGACGAUACACCAACGAUUUACAGCAUCUUUGAAUGACUUAAGCUUUGAUGAUAUGAACGAUCUGUUAGAUGACGCUUCCAACGUUGUUGACGAUCUAUGGCGUCUCGAUUUAACAAAAGAUCAAGUAUACUCACAACAGCGAAUGAAUCAUUUACUUGGACUUGUUACGAAUGCUAUCAAUUCAUUUAUACUUGCAAAAGCACAGUGUGGAGAUGAAAAACAAGGUGAUGAGAUGGUCUGGCAAGCGCCAUUUCAUUCUGUUCAGCAAUUGUUACAACAGGGCGUAACUUUAUGUGAAAAAUGGCGCAAGACGAUUGAAUCCCUCACUGGGACAUUAUGGCCUGCACAUAGUGAACACAAGUGGGAAGGCUCUGUGUCUUCUCAAGCGGAACGUGUGCAGUUGCUUAGUUCUCGUUUUGAUCAGAUUCUACGCGUCAGAACUACGUAUGAAGAGCUUCAUGCUUUGUUACCCGCAAAACAAGGGGAAAAGGAAAACAACGAGCUUGCAAACUCGUGUUUUCGUCCAUUUGAACAGCUCCGUCCGUUGUACUACAAUUCGUACACAGAACCAGCUUGGCAGCGCGCUUUAAGUGAAUUUGAUCGUCUAUUGGCUCCGAUGGAGACACAAGUUGCCGCAGUUUUACGUGAACGCCUGCGUGCUGUUACGUCUACACCUAGCGCUGCAGCUCGUUUAUUACAGCGCUUUCAGCAUCUAUUGCAACGUUCGACUUUGGCUCAAGCAUUAGCUGGUGAACGGGAUGCACUUCUUGCGCAGCUUCUCGCACAUGUCGACCAACUGGACAGCGACUUUGAGACUCGAAAGCAAUCUCUAGGCUCAACUACUGCAAAAGCUCAAGAUCAUAUGCACGUGGGUAAAACGCUGAGUAGUGAUGUCAAUGUAAUUGUAUGGGCACACGCGCUGAAUUGGCGAGUCACAGAUAUCCAGCGUCUUGCUCGUAGUGUCUUGCUUGACUUGCCUGCGUUCUCUCGUUUCGCGCAGCAGUGCGAGAGGCUAGCAGCAAAAGCAAGUGGACUGGUUCUUGAUCGCGUUCGCGACUGGCAAGAAUCCACGAUCCGUGCAUUAGAUGAUGAUGAUGAUAGGAAUAAUGGUCACUCAUUGCGACUUCAAGGUCGACUCAUGCAAAUUGACAAGCAAAGUGGCGAUCUAGUAGUCAAUUUCAGUGAGUUUCUCGUUACGUUGCUACGCGAUGUGCGUCAGCUCACGGAAUUAUCAUCACAACAACGGAUGGCACCAUCCGAGGCGUGGGUUCCCACACGUGUUCGUCAAGUGGCUGAAGAAGCCGAAAAGUACUACCGUUUUGGCGUGACAUUGCAAAAGGUAGCAAAUUUUUACAAUAGCAUUGAGGCACAGAUUAUCGACGAGCAGAAACCAAUGCUACUCGAUUCAUUGCUUGCAUUCGAAGAUGCAGUCCAAAGACCAGGAAUCACACAAAGUCAGAACCAGAAAGCCAAGAGCAAAGACGUGACGUGGGCAAAUUUAGACGAAUGUGAUGAAUACGUCAGUCAACUCCAGACAGCGGCCGAUCGACUGGCUGCUGAGAAUCGACGCUUGAAACGCGCUCAUGAAAAGCUAGGUGAUGAUUUGUUAGCACUCAUGGACGUGGACUUACUUCGAUAUCCACAGAAAUGGAAAGAACGCUGGGACGAGAUCAAACGCAGCGCACAAGUGGUAACGCGCAAGCAAGACACGGCACGCACUGCCAAAUGGUUUUUGUAUUGGGAUCACCAAGUGUACAAAGUGUUGGAAUCUGGGUAUCAAUUUGGUUUGGAAAUGUUAAAUGAGAAUCUUCCAGAGAUCAAGGAAAUUAAGACUGAGCUGCACUUCCCAACGGCAACGCUGGCGUCGGGGCAUUCGAUCUUGGUUUUAAAACCUCCCAUUGAAGAGCUUCGUACGACGUAUUACAAAGCUAUGAAGAAGUUUGUGGCGAGACCGAUCAAAUUUAAUGGGUUUGGAAACUCGCAUGUUUUUUCUGCCAUGUGUGAUGCAAACGCACGGAAUCUUGUACGGGUUUACGAAACCUGUGAGACUUUGUUCUCUCGGUUGGAGGGACUGAUAAAAGAUUACGAGCAUUGGGGCUUUCUAGCACAAAUUGGAGCAGGAGGGACGAUUGAUUUGGACGCCAUGAUGGAGGCAACAUUGCAGGAGCCAGUGGAUUGGGAGAUUAAUUUUAAAACAAUUCGAACGAAGCGUAAAGAGAGUGAGAAGAUCCCCGAUUCAAUUAAAGUGGACUGUAUCCACUUGUCUUUUGUGUCUUUUAAACGUUCUUUGGACGAAUACUUGCAACGAUUUACCGAAGCAUUACUUCUAUCUCUACGCAAAAGUGCACUUAACCACAUCCGAAUCGUAGAGGACUUUGUUGAGGCAUCAAUGGAAAGCUUGAAUAAGCGACCCCACUCUAUUGAUGAAAUAAGUCUCGCUCAAGCAGAGUGGAAAGACAUUGAUACCCACAGAAGUGAGAUUCAGACACAGUACCAAAAAGCAGAAAAGAAAAAGGCGCUUCUACUCGCAGUAUUGAGUGGUGGCAGUAGCGCUGGAAUGAGUGGAGCAAGUCUCGAUACAAGUGAAAUUGAAAGUCGCCUUGCACAGCUUCCGACGCGCUGGGAGAACUUUGAAAUUGCCCUUGAGGCUUUUAAUGACAUGAUUGAAGAGCAGCGUGAAAGUCUUAAGGGGGAGAUUGAAACGCACGUAGUGGAUUGCAAUAUUGCGAUUGAUAAACUACGAGAGCAGUGGCGAGCGAAGCGUCCGGUAGAGAUUUCAUCUUGGGACGACGAAAUACUUGACAAAGUGUACGCUGCCAUGAAUGAAUGGCGUCAACGGAUGGAUGAGAUUAAGACCAGAAGUGUGACGUUAACCUCGAAUUGUGCUGCCUUUUCAGUACCUAAACCAGUAUUUGAUGGUCUCUCAACACUUGAUGACGACAUUCAAAAGCUACAGCACAAUUGGGACACGUAUCGUCGAUUUCGAGAAGAAGUACAGGCUCUUGCAGUGCAAGACUGGUUUGCGUUCUGCGUUAAUAUUUUUGCAUUAGCGGAUACCACUCAAAAGUGGGCAGAUGCUGUCAAGGAACAGGCGGCUCACGGGACUGAACGUACACCUGUUGUCGACAGGAUCAUUGACUUUAAUAACAGCGUCAAGCGAGCUAUGCCAACGCUCAAGCUCUGUCGAGGUGAGCCGUUUAAAGAUGAUCACUGGACCCAACUCUUUCGGAAAUUGGGAUUCCCGCGCAGUGUGGACAAGAAUAAUUUAAUUGUGCAGCAUUUUAUUGACGCCUUUCCUAUACUCGAGCUUCCUGCCACACUUCAAUUCGUUAAAGUGCUGCAUGCUCGAGCUCAAGGAGAAGUCACGAUUCGUGAUGCUUUACAAGAACUUCGGGCUUGGACAGAAACGGCUGAGCUUGCACUUCUCGCACAUGUUCACGACGGACGGCGUGUUGCAAUCAUUAAAGACUGGAAAGACUUAACACUUGCAUUAGGAGACAAUCAGUCACUGCUGGCAUCAUUAAAGGAAUCUCAGUUCUUCAAGCCUUUCGAGGUCGAAGCGAGGCAAUACGAAAUCAAAAUGAGUACAUUGGACCAAGUGCUAACACAUCUCAAUAUCAUUCAGCGAAAGUGGGUCUUUCUUGAGCCCAUUUUUUCAAAAGGGGCUUUACCGUCCGAACAAAGUCGGUUUCGUCGUGUAGACGAGGAGUUCAUCGACAUUAUGGGCUCUGUUGAAAACGAUCCAAAACUCUUUAAUCUGGCCGACGAGCUGAUAUUUCCUCAAUUAGUAGAGCGUUUGACGACAAUGGUUGAUCAAUUAGAACGUUGCCAGAAAGCUUUGGCUGAAUUUUUAGAGGAAAAGCGGUCGCGGAUGCCUCGAUUUUACUUUAUUGGAGAUGAGGAUUUACUUGAGAUUCUCGGUCAAGCCCAAAAUCCGACAGUUAUCCAGAGUCAUCUUAAAAAACUGUAUCAAGGCGUCCAUCGUGUCGAAUUUUCUGAACGGCAAGACCAAAUUGUGGCCAUGUUGAGUGCGUCAGGUGAACGCGUCGAUCUUCUGACGCCUGUAGCUGUAACAAGUAAUGUGGAGGAAUGGCUUGAGGUGUUUACGGAAGAAAUGCGUCGCACCAUUCGUGUUCUGACGACGCGGUGUGUUAAUGCUAGAGCACCCGACUAUCAAGCAUUUCCAUCACAGGUCUUGUGUCUCACAGAGCAAAUUCGCUUCUGCUCACAAGCUGAAGCAGCUAUCAGGAAUGGUCAAGUGCAGGAUCUUAAACAGACUCUACAAGACACUCUGCGUGAACUCACGUCGUUGGAUUUAAGCACUGAAUUGCUGAUGAGUCUCAAAAUCAAGUCAUUGGUGCUUGACUUGGUUCAUCACAUUGAUGUAUGUGAUCAGCUUUUGGCUGCAAAUUGUCGUUCGGGAAUCGAGUGGAUCUGGCAAAAGCAACUUCGCUUUUAUCUUGAUACGCAAAAGGCAAGCAAUGAUUCAGCGACGUGUCUGAUAAAAAUGAAUGAUGCUGAAUUUGCAUAUACGUACGAAUACCAGGGGAAUGCACCCAAGUUGGUUCACACACCACUGACAGACAAGUGUUAUUUAACUCUUACACAAGGAAUGCACAUGGGUUUCGGUGGGAACCCGUACGGUCCAGCAGGUACGGGAAAAACUGAGUCUGUAAAGGCUUUGGGCGGUCAAUUUGGACGUCAAGUGUUGGUGUUUAAUUGUGAUGAAGGAAUUGAUUUUCAAUCAAUGGGUCGCAUCUUUAUCGGUCUUGUGAAAUGUGGAGCUUGGGGCUGUUUUGACGAAUUUAAUCGACUGAAAGAAGAUCAAUUGUCAGCGAUUUCGCAGCAGAUUCAAGUUAUCCAAGACGCAAUUAAAGAGAAAGCAGGAACGAUUAACCUUCUAAAUCGAUCCGUUGACGUCGACUUUAAUGCUGGUAUUUUCGUGACUCUAAAUCCUGCGGGUAAAGGUUACGGUGGACGCUCAAAAUUACCAGACAAUCUUAAGGCUCUCUUUCGACCUGUUGCCAUGGGUCGACCAGAUAAUAAUCUGAUUGCUGAGGUGAUUCUGUAUUCGGAAGGAUUCAGUGAAGCCAAAGAUAUUGCACCCAAAGUUGUUUCCCUUUACUCAUUAUCUGGUCAAUUAUUGUCCCAACAACAGCAUUAUGAUUGGGGCUUACGCGCUUUGAAAGCAGUUUUAAAUACUGCUGGUAAACUUUUGCAAGCUGAGAAAAAAGCCCGAGCGACAAAUACUGGUAACGUCAAUGGGCAGGAUGAGUCAAAGUUUUUGGACUUGAAACCAAUAAGAAUGAAGCCAGCUGAAGAGACAGAAAUCCUGAUCAAAGCUGUACGUAUAAAUACGCUGUCAAAGCUCACUUUUGUCGAUUCAAUGCGUUUUCUAGCCUUAAUUGGAGACGUAUUCCCUGGUGUUGAAUCUGCUGACUUGGCUGGUGGUGCUCUCGAGGAGGCGAUUCGAGAUGUUAUGACUGGCAAACCAUUCUUUCUUCAAGUUGAUGACAUGCAAAUUCGCAAAAUGCUACAGCUGAAAGAAUCGCUCGAUCAACGGAUGGGUUGUGUUGUGGUGGGACCUUCAGGUAGUGGCAAAUCCACUGUGUGGCAGGUGUUACAGCAUGCAUUGAUUCAGUGUGGUCAACUCGUGAAAACCCAUGUAAUGAAUCCAAAGUCGAUGCCACGUGAACGAUUACUUGGUCAUAUGGAUUUAGAUACGAGGGAAUGGGAAGACGGUGUGCUCACAGCUGCUGCGCGUCAAGUUGUCAAAGAGCCUGAAAAUGUUCGCUCAUGGAUCAUUUGUGAUGGCGAUGUGGACCCAGAAUGGAUUGAAUCAUUAAAUUCCGUCUUAGAUGACAAUCAUCUUCUCACGCUACCAAAUGGUGAGCGAAUCAAUUUCGGUCCGAAUGUUAAUUUUGUGUUUGAGACGCACGAUUUGCGAUUCGCAUCUCCUGCCACAAUUUCUCGAAUGGGAAUGAUAUUCCUAUCAGACGAAGAUAUGGCGAUCGAACGGCUUGUGACUAAGUGGAUGCUCACUCUUUCACCAGCUAUUGAUCCAAGUACUCGCAACACCCAAGACGCUUUGAAACAAUGGAUUGAUGAGUUGUUCGCGAGAGGAUUGGAAGAGCUGCAUAAGUACGAGGUGAUUGUCGCUACUACAACAGUUGGUGCCAAUUUGGCAACCACAUCUCGAAAUUUGUUUGCAAAAUCUCUGUUUAUGAUGGCCAAUGAACGUCCACCUGAUUUGAACGCUCCGUUGGAUUGCUACUGCCAAGGUUCAACUUUUUACUCAUACGAAAACAAACGUGACACGUUUGGAGCGAUGGAUGGCAAGAUGGAUCGCAAAGACUUGACAAUAAGUGGAAUGGAUGCAGUAGUGCCCACUGUCACUGUGCAACGAGGAUUGAAGCUCAUUGAACCGUGGGUUGAUAAGAUGGAGCCGUUUAUUCUCGUAGGACCAGAAGGAAGUGGCAAGAAUAUGUUGAUCAGGCAAGCUUUUAAGAAUCUUAAAAAUGUGACUGUCUCGGUUCUUCACUGCAACGCGCAGACAACGGCAGACCACGUGAUCCACAAAAUUGCGCAGUGUUGCUCGCUAUUCUCCACUCCUACGGGUCGCAUAUAUCGUCCUCGCGACGCAGAGCGUCUUGUCCUUUAUCUUAAGGACAUCAAUUUACCAAAACCAGACCAGUACGACACGUGUAUGUUGAUUGCAUUUUUGCAGCAAUUGAUCACUUUUAAUGGCUUUUACGAUCAGCAUUUGGAAUUUCUUGGAAUUGAAAAGAUUCAACUUGUGGCAUCUAUGAACGCAGCCACGACGGUCGGGCGGCAUCCACUGUCCACUCGCUUUACAGCAAUCGUCAAGGUUGCAUACAUGGAUUAUCCCUCUACUGACGAGCUCGUAGUAGUAUAUUCUACCUUUUUAGAAGGUAUUAUUGAUUCUAUCAGCACGUCACUUCAACCCUCGACGUGGCGUGAGUCCAGUAAUCGCGAUCGACUUGCAAAGAGUAUGGUUGAGGUCUUUGACACGGUCAAGACCAAGUUUUCUGUCGACGAACAACGACACUAUCUAUUUACGCCACGAGAUUUAACCAAGUGGGUCUUUGCGCUCACACGGUACGAUCUGGAACAUGAAAACGUGCUAGAUGUACUGGCUUACGAAGCUCGUCGCCUCUUUCGUGACCGUCUCGUGGAUCACGACGCGAAAGCAAAGUUCGACGGCAUUCUAAACAGCGUGUGGAAGCAGCAAUGGCGCCACACUAUCAAGCUGCAGGAUAUCUACUUUACUUCGCUAAAUUGUCGAUCUAAUGGAGCUGAAGUUGUUAGUGCUGCUUUGACCGCAGCACCCCUUCAGCAAAUUGCAAGUGACGAGUUUUCGCAAGUGAUAAAUCAGGGAAUGAUUCUUUACGAACGCGAAGACAAGGAUCUGCAUAUGCUGCUGUUUGACGAGAUUCUCGAGCACUUGGCGAUUGUGGAGCGCGUUUUGUCUGAGCCAGGUGGCUCACUGCUUCUAAUUGGAAAAUCUGGAGUUGGCCGCCGUUCUGCGACGACACUGAUCUCGUACAUGCUUAACUACACGAUGUUUUCACCCAGUCUCACCCGGAAUUACAAUGAUAACAGCUUUCGAACGGAUCUUAAGACGCUACUUGUCAAGGCGGGAGUGGAAGGACAGCACUUAGUACUCUACUUAGAAGAUCAUCAUUUUACUCACGAUGCUAUAUUAGAGCUUACAAACUCGCUGCUCAGUUCAGGAGAAGUACCCGGCCUUUACACGCACGAGGAGAUUGAGCCACAAAUUGCACCUUUGAAAGAGCUCAUGCUUGAAAGCAUUGGCGCGACGGGACAGGAGCAUAUCCGAACCGUCUACGACUUUUUUGUAUCUCGUAUCCGACAAUUUGUUCAUCUAGUGAUUGCUAUGGAUGCUCGAAAUCCGCCUUUUGUACUUCGUUGUGAAAGCAACCCAGCGCUUUACACACGCUGUACUAUCGUGUGGAUGGGAGAAUGGAAUUCGAGCAGUAUGGUGCGCCUUCCAGAAUUGGUAUUGACUGGCUCAGAGCUGGCGAAUAGUCUGAUAAAAACGACGCCGUUCAUUACAAGUUUGUAUGCGAGCUGCAAAGAGUUUGGCGCAACACCACGAGAAUUGAUCUGCUUUCUUGGUACGUGGAAUACACUGUUUGAAGUAAAAUGCAAGCAGAUUGUACAGGAGAUACGUCACUUGAAGAGUGGCUUGAGUAAGUUGGAAGAGGCGAGUUUGACUGUGGACGAAUUGAGUCGAAACGCCGAGUCAAAAAAGAAGAAUCUUGGUGCUGCACAAGUUUCAGCUGAUGAGGCAAUGAAAGAAAUCACGAAUGCUCUAGAUCGUGCAGCUACAAAUCGACGCGAGGUGGAGGACCUAACGAAACAACUUGCAACGGCUGAGACGGCUACAAAUGCUCGUAAACGCGAGAUUGAGCAAGAAUUGAGUGAGAUCACACCUAUUUUACAAACUGCAAUGGAAGCAGUAGGUAAUAUUAAGAGUGACAAUCUUAAUGAGAUUCGGUCGCUAAAAAUGCCCCCGGAGCCGAUACACGAUGUGCUGUCAGCUGUGCUAAUGUUGUUGGGUAUUCAAGACACUUCAUGGAAUUCCAUGAAAAAAUUUCUUGGAAAUCGUGGAGUUAAAGAAGACAUUUUAAACUAUGAUGCGCACCGAAUAACACCCGAAAUUUCGAAAGCCGUCACGAAACUUGUGCGAGGUAAAGCCUCAUCAUUCGAUCACGAAACAAUCUACCGAGUGAGUGUUGCUGCUGCUCCAUUGGCUACGUGGGUCAAGGCCAAUCUCAAGUAUUCGAUGGUACUUAAUAAGAUCGAGCCACUAGAAAUGGAUUUAGCUGAAGCAAAAAAAUCACUUGAAGCUUCACAACAACGUCUUUUGCAAUGUGAAAGCGAGUUGAAGAAAAUUGAUGUAACAGUUAACCAAAUGAAGAUUCAAUUUGGAGAAAAGACCAAAGAAGCUGAGAUCUUGCGCGUGAAUCUUGAACAAGCUCAAAGCACACUUAAUAAGGCACAAAUUCUGCUAGGUAAACUUGGUGGCGAGAAACAUCGAUGGUCGGAACAAGUAAAAGAGCUAGAAACCCGCUUGACAGACUUACCAGUGCGAAUGUUGCUGGCUGCUGCCUUUACAACAUUCCUUGGCAAAUGCUCGGAAGACGCUCGUCGACGGGUCGUAAUGGAAUGGGAGCGUAAUCUCCUCGAGCAAACAUUUUCUGUUGGUAGUGUACACUUUGAUUAUCGCAAGCUUUUAAGUUCGGAGAGCGAACUUCUCACGUGGAAGGGAAUGGGACUUCCUUCUGACAACUUGUCCAUGGAAAACGCACUCAUUAUCUCGUAUUCAAGUGGAGAGCGUUGUCCAUUUAUCAUUGACCCCGCAAAUGCAUGCACAACGUGGUUACAAGCGGAAUUGGCGAAGGACUCGACGCGUCCACUCUCGAUUGUUCAAUCCCAAGAUGCUCGAUUUGUCAACAUCGUCGAACAAGCUGUACGCUUUGGAAGGACUCUUGUCGUGCUUGACGCGGACAAUGUCGAGCCGUAUUUGUACCCAUUGGUUCGUAAAGAUCUGAUACACCAAGGUCCACGCUUUGUCGUGGCAUUAGGUGACAAAGUGAUUGAUUAUAAUGAGAACUUUCGAAUGUAUUUAGUCACCCGAAAUCCGUCCCCUCCACUAGCUCCUGAUGCUAUGGCAAUCGUAAAUGUCGUCAAUUUUACGGUCACUAGAUCAGGAUUAGAGGGUCAGCUUUUAGGUGUCACCAUUCAACAUGAACAACCCGAACUAGAGCAAGAAAAAAGUGAGUUGUUGCGACAAGAAGAAGAGUGCAAAGUGCAAUUAGCAGCUUUAGAGAAACAAUUGGUGGAGGCUCUGGCAACAUCGGAAGGGGAUAUACUGGAAAAUACCAUGUUGGUCGAGUCUCUUACCAAGACAAAAGCCACAAGUGCAGAGAUUGAAAGCGCACUGGAACGAUCAGGUAAGAAAUCUGAAGAGCUGGACGAAAAACGCGACUCGUACUCCCCUUUUGCGCGCGAGGGUGCGAGAUUAUUUUUCUUGGUCAAACAACUUUGUGGAGUCAACCACAUGUAUCGCUUCUCGUUGGCUUCGUUUCUAGGACUAUUUCAAUCUACUUUAGUGACGAAGAUGGAGUCUUCAAGUACAAAAGACCGCAUCUUGCGCUUGAUUCCGAUACUGGAACAUAAAGUGUUGAUGUUUGUUGGCCGUGCCCUCUUUAAAGAACAUCGACCAAUGUUUGGUAUGCACCUGGUGCACGGAAUGCAUCCAGAAUGUUUCGAGAGGAAUGAAUACGAAUUCUUCUGUGGUGAAGUAGUGGAGACCGAAAGAGGCUUGGGAGGACACACAAAGUUUCCAGAAUGGGCUUCACCCGAGAGAAAAGAGGCAUUUACACAGCUUGUCGAAGCUUUGCCACGCUUGGCUCAGCUAUGUAAGUUCGACAGUCACGAUCUAUGGAUUCGAUGGUCCAAAGCGAUGGAAUGCGAACAGAGUUUUCAUCCGAAGAUGGAAAAAUCUGGGUCCGUUGGAGGUCUCUCUGCGUUUCAAAAGCUUCUUGUGGUCCAGGCAUUGCGUCCUGAUCGACUUCAAAGUGCCAUUAUCCAGUUUAUCUGCAAUGUCAUGCAAAUUAAGUCUUUGACUCCACCCUCCCUUGACUUCAAGGCUAUUAGCACGGAAGAGGCUACGAACACAAUACCAGUUCUUCUCUUAACGACAGCAGGGGCUGAUCCGUCAAAAGAAUUGGAAGAAGUAGCAACAUCAAUUGUUGGAAAGGGUCACUACUUUGAAGUGGCUAUGGGUGGUGGUCAGCAGGACAAGGCAAUUAGUCUUCUUAAAUCGACUGCAGAGCACGGCGAGUGGUUAUGUCUACAGAAUCUGCACCUUGUCAUUGCAUGGCUUCCAGUGCUUGAAAAAGAAGUGAGUGCGCUUAAUGCGAAUCACAAGUUUCGUCUGUGGCUUACUACCGAACCUCAUGAUGGCUUUCCGUUGGUUCUGCUCGAGCAAAGUCUUAAAAUUACGUUUGAAUCACCACCAGGAAUGAAGAAGAACCUGCAACGAACGUAUGCGGCAUGGACCCCGACGUUUAUUGCAAAGGGGUCUCCUGCACGUGCACAACUUCUAUUUCUACUAGCUUUUUUUCAUGCUUUAUUACAGGAGCGACGGACGUAUAUUCCGCAAGGCUGGACAAACUUCUACGAAUUUUCUUUUGGAGAUUUUCGUGCAGGCUCAAACGUCAUGGAACUGGCGUGUCAGACUGGAAGUAGUAGCAUCGACUGGCAAACGCUACAUGGUUUAAUGGAAAAUGCAAUUUACGGCGGACGUAUCGACAAUCCGUACGAUCUGCGCGUUCUCCGCUGCUACUUGACCGAAAAGUUUAAUUACGAGCUUCUUUCAGGACAAAAGAGUCUUUUGCGUGGAGUGAAAGUUCCUCAAAGCACUCAACACGCCGAUUUUCUUGAUCUAAUCGAUCGUUUCCCGGACGUAGACGCACCAGCCAUGUUUGGCUUACCGGAUAACAUUGAGCGUUCUAUGCAGCGGUCGCUCUCUGGUCAAGUCAUUGGACAGUUGAAAGCUUUGUCAUCCAGUGCAGCUGAAGCGACAACAUUUGAUCGUGAAAAAUGGCGAGCUCAGCUUAAUCCACUGCUAGAGACGUGGGGAAAAUUGACGACUGGCUUUCAAUUGGAAGGAACGACCACAGUAUCAAGCACUGGAAAGAAUUUACAAGCCAUGGCGCCAAUCGAUGCUUUUGUGGCUUUGGAGAACGAAUACGCUCUGGAUUUAAGUCAACAAGUUAAUUCGAGUCUACAGGCAUUAAAGAAAGUCAUAUAUGGCACUGGUCUCCUAACUCCUGCCAUUCAGGCUGUUGCCAAAGCUUUACUCAAGGGUCUUGUGCCGACAGAAUGGGCUGUUCAAUGGGAGGGCAAUGAGAACGUUGUAACGUGGCUACGUGGACUUGCCGUGCGUAAACGUGCUCUAUUGGAGUGGCAGGAGGCUGUUGGCACUGGACAGCUGCUUGUCAAAGGUCUUGAUCUAUCCGAAUUGCUUCAUCCAGGCACGUUUCUCAAUGCGCUUCGUCAGCAAAGUGCACGAGAACAAAAAUGCUCAAUGGACGGGAUGAAAUUGCUUUCGUGCUGGGAACGUGAGCGUUUAAGCGGCACAAAAGUUGAAUGGUUUGAGCUUACACGACUUUUAUUACAAGGUGCGUCGUUCGAAGGAGGCACGCUGUUAGAAGCCGCAUCGGACGCUCAAGAACUCGUGACGGUCCCAUCAUGCUAUAUUGCAUUUGUACGUGAAGACGCCCAAGAGAUGUAUGAAAAGGAACAUUGUAUCCAAACGCCAUUGUACUAUGGUACAGACCGUGAACGAAUGCUCGUUGAGAUUUCCAUUCCUAUUGCUGGUGAUCGUGCACGUUGGAUCCUUGCAGGCAUAGCACUGUUUCUAGGCGAGUAA